AUGGAGACAACAUUACCACUACCGUUCCUUGUGGGUGUCUCUGCACCGCCGGAUCUGGCUCCCGGCGAGGGUCUCACCAGCAAUGAACUCUCGUGCUUGGGCUCUGUAUUCUUUGAUGUGACUCAGCAGAACUUGGACGAGGUUCUCAACUUCCUCGCUCAGCACAACUCGAGCCACCAAACAUUUGUUGACGCCACCGACCUGGACUCCAAAGACAGUGUCGUCUCCGUCUUGGACCACGGCGCAAAGAAAGUUUUUGUGCAACCCGAGAGGUUAUCCGACUUUGCAGACUUCAAGGGUAGAGUUGCGCCCGCCGUUACCAAGACGAGCGAGCUCAAGGCCGCAACUCAAUAUGGUCUUUUGUUGAAGGACUUUGACCAGACGAGGUGCGAUGUUGCCGAGUUUCUCGAAAAGAACAAGACAAAGAAGACCCCGCCAAUCUAUAUCAAACCUGCUGCCGAGAGGACAGUAUACGAACACUUUGUCGAUAUCUGUGCGCAGAUCUCGGCUAUUCCCAUCCUGCCGUCAACGGCCCUAACUACUGACAAGAAUGACGACAAGAAACUCUUCGUCUCUAAGCUAUUGUCAGGAUCUUGGUCCUCGGAUCGCUCUGACAAGCUUAUGCCAACCGUUGUGUGCGAUGAGAGGGGCGUUGCCCUGGGCCUGGUCUAUAGCAGCGAGGAGAGUGUGGCCGAGUCUCUGAGAACCCAGACUGGUGUAUACCAAAGCCGGAAGCGAGGACUGUGGUACAAGGGCGCCACAUCAGGAGACACUCAAGAACUUGUCCGCAUUUCUUUGGACUGUGAUAACGAUGCACUCAAGUUUGUUAUCAGACAAAAGGGCAGAUUCUGUCACCUGGAUCAAUUUGGCUGCUUCGGAGACUUGAAGGGCAUUUCAAAGCUUGAGCAAACUUUGGUCUCAAGAAAACAAUCAGCGCCCGAGGGUUCAUACACCGCUCGCCUGUUCUCAGACGAGAAAUUGUUGCGCGCCAAGAUCAUGGAAGAAGCCGAAGAACUUUGCGAUGCCAAAACCCCCGAAGAUGUGGCUUUUGAAGCUGCUGAUUUGAUCUACUUUGCCCUCACAAAGGCUGUCAGCGCGGGAGUUAGCCUGGCAGACAUUGAGAGGAACCUCGAUGGCAAGAGUCUCAAGGUCAAGAGGAGAACCGGUAACGCCAAGGGUAAAUGGGCUGAAAAGGAGGGCAUCACAAAUGGUACUGCGGACAAGGCACAGGAGGCUGCAAAGCAAGCCCCAGCAGCAGCACCACUCACAUCGGCACCCGCAACUGAGGCCCAGACUGCGCCUUCGUCGGACAGAAUCACCAUGAAGAGACUCGACGUUAGCAAGAUUGGCGCCGCCCAGGUUUCGGAGGCCCUGAAGAGACCCUCGCAGAAGUCAGCCGACGCAAUUCUCGGCAUAGUCAAGCCCAUCAUUAACGACAUUCGAGAGAAUGGUGACAAGGCGCUGUUGUCGUACACUCACAAGUUUGAGAAGGCCACAUCACUGACGUCGCCAGUGCUGAAGGCUCCAUUCCCCAAGGAGUUGAUGCAACUUCCCGAGGAGACCAUCAAGGCGAUUGAUAUCUCUUACGAGAACAUUCGAAAGUUUCACGCCGCCCAGAAAGAGGAUAAGCCCCUGCGAGUCGAGACCAUGCCGGGAGUCAUCUGUAGCCGAUUUGCCAGGCCCAUUGAGCGUGUCGGUCUGUAUGUUCCCGGUGGUACCGCCGUUCUGCCCAGCACAGCACUCAUGCUGGGAGUUCCCGCAAUGGUUGCCGGCUGUGAGAAGAUUGUCAUUGCAUCCCCGCCCCGCUCUGAUGGCAGCAUUACUCCCGAGAUUGUAUACGUUGCCCACAAGGUCGGUGCUGAAAGCAUUGUCCUUGCUGGAGGCGCUCAGGCCGUGGCAGCCAUGGCGUACGGUACCGAGAGCGUCACCAAGGUCGACAAGAUCCUGGGACCCGGUAACCAGUUUGUUACCGCCGGUAAGAUGUUUGUGAGCAACGACACAAACGCCGGCGUCGGUAUUGACAUGCCGGCUGGUCCUUCCGAGGUUCUGGUCAUUGCUGACAAGGACGCCAACCCGGCUUUCGUGGCAUCUGAUCUUUUGUCUCAGGCAGAGCAUGGCGUCGACAGCCAGGUCAUCCUGCUUGCCGUCGAUCUCAACGAGCAACAGCUCCAGGCUAUUGAGGACGAGCUGCACAACCAGGCCAUGGCUCUGCCCCGUGUUGAUAUUGUCCGAGGCGCCAUCUCUCACUCUGUAACCAUCCAGACUAGGGAUAUCGAUGAGGCCAUGCGCAUCAGCAACGAAUAUGCACCCGAGCACUUGAUUCUGCAGCUCAACAAUGCCGAAGAAGUCGUCGACAAGGUCAUGAAUGCUGGAAGUGUUUUCAUUGGCCAAUGGACCCCCGAAAGCGUGGGCGACUACUCUGCCGGUGUCAACCACUCUUUGCCAACCUAUGGGUACGCAAAGCAGUACUCUGGCGUCAACCUCGGCUCGUUUGUCAAGCACAUUACGAGCUCGAACCUUACAGCCGAGGGUCUGAGGAACGUUGGCCAGGCCGUCGAGCAGCUCGCAAAGGUUGAGGAGCUCGAAGCCCACAGGCGGGCUGUCAGUAUUCGUCUUGCCAGCAUGCAAAAGUAA